UUCUUUUAGGAAUGGUCCAAAUCGCGACUUCAACAUGGCACCAAAACACGUUGGUUCUGAAACGAAGAAUAUGAAGAAGAAAACGAAGAAAAAGGGGAAGAUGAAGGACGUCAGCUUUGACUUAGAGACUGUGCUAGCCUUGGGCGGUGAUAAGAAAGAUUAUGACAUGUUAAAGGAUGCAGAUGAUGGUGAUGAAGUGAUCAUCAAUCCAUCGGAAGACUUCGAAGCGGAGCCAAUCCAAAGAGAGAGUAUUCUGGAGUACAUAAAGGAACUUGAGAUCACUAAAUACAGAGAACCAACUGAUGAUGAGAAGCGACGCAAUGAACCCCGACCAGUCAAACUAUUAUCAAUGCCUGUACCGUCUGAUGAUGAAGAAGAAGAAGCAGUCGUCCCAAAGAAAAAGAAGCAGAAGAACAAGUUCAAGAUCCAGCACGAUGAGAUUUCCAGCUCGACCGAGAUUCCGAAACCAAAGAAAGGCAGUACGGCAUUUAUUAGCCAAUAUCACCCGAGAAAUUAUAUACUGGUCAAGUCUGCUGGGAGCUGGUACAGUAAUCAGUUCCCCAAUGACCCUGCAGUGUAUCACCCUGCUGAUGAUACUUCCAUUGAGAAUCUGCGACACUAUGCUUCCAGACUCCUUGAGGAUGACACUAAACUUUACAAAAACAAGAAAGACUCGUCAAAGUCAUCGGACGUGGCUUGGAUGAAGAAGGUGAUAUCCUCUGGUACUCUGAGUGAUAAGGUCGCCGGGCUCACAGUUCUCAUUCAGGAUGAUUUGGUCCACAAUCUCAGCUGUCUGGACACUCUCAUCAACAUGGUCACUACGAAGGGAAAAAGGGAAUGCCUAUUAGCCCUUGACACUCUGAAGGAACUCUUCCUGUCUGAUCUCUUACCAGAUAACAGAAAGCUGAAAACGUUUGAGCAGCAUCCUCUGUCCGCCGUUGACGAACUUGCAAGUGGUAACAAAGACAGUCGAGAUAAGCGAUUGCUGAUGUGGUACGUUGAAGACCAGCUGAAGGAGGCGUAUGCCAAGUUCGUGAAGGCUUUGGAGGGAAUAUCACAUGACACGUUACCGGCAAGCAAGAAAAAAGCAAUGAAUGUCAUAUUUGAGCUCUUGAUCAGCAAGCCAGAACAAGAGAAGGUGCUACUCAUGAUGCUCAUCAACAAACUUGGUGACCCUGACUACAAGAUUGCUUCUAAAGGUGCUCACUUCCUAACACAGCUAGUUGAAAAACACCCUAAUAUGAAACAUGUCUUGACACUGGAGAUAGAAAGACUUCUCUACAGGACGAAUAUUUCACCAAAAGCACAAUACUAUGCCAUUUGUUUCCUGAACCAGAUUAUCCUCAGCCAAGCAGAAUGCAAAUUAGCAACAAGGCUUAUUGGAGUAUACUUUUCAUUUUUUAAGAGCUAUGUGAAGAAAGGAGAAGUUGACAGCAAGAUGAUGAGUGCCUUGUUGAGCGGUGUGAAUAGAGCAUAUCCAUUUGCUACAGAUAAGGAGAAGAUAGGUGAACAGAUGAACACCCUGUAUAAAUUGGUUCAUAUUGUGAAUUUCAACACAAGUAUACAGGCCUUGAUGCUGCUAUACCAAGUCAUGGGCACAAACGAAAACCUAUCAGACCGGUACUACAUGGCUCUGUAUAAGAAGCUCCUAGAUCCAGACCUCAGACACUGCUCCAAACAGGCCAUGUUCUUAAACUUGUUAUUCAAAAGUCUGACCAAAGAUGAUGCGGAGAAGAGAGUAAUGGCAUUCCUUAAGCGCCUGCUACAAAUCUGUUCCUAUCAGUCACCAUGUUUCGUGUGUGCUGCUCUGGUCCUUUUCAGUGAGGUCAUCAAAGCCAAGCCUGGUUUGUUGAAUCUUCAGAACAUUCCCGAGGACUCUGACGAUGAAGAACACUUUGUUGACCUUGACGAGGACGACAAGGUCGAAGUCGAUUCCAGCGAUGAUGAAACCAAGCCACGGUCAUAUGAUGCUGAGCCCAAACAUCUAGUCAAGUCAUGGUCAUCUGCUGGCGCUGGCUCAUGGGUACAUAGGAAGAAUGUCACUGAAAAAUCCUUUGAACGUUAUUAUGAUCCAUACCAUCGUAAUCCGUUAUACUGCCGGGCAGAACAGGAAUGUAUCUGGGAAUUGAAAAAGAUGGCUACUCACUUCCAUCCAUCGGUCGCAUUGUUUGCCGGUAAUAUUCUCAAGGGUGAGAAAAUAGUAUAUUCGGGUGAUCCUCUUCAAGAUUUCACAUUGAUACGAUUCUUAGAUCGAUUCGUCUACAGAAAUCCCAAAAAGAAGGACAAAGAUAAUGGAGGUGAAGCUCUCCCAACAUCUCAAGGCAUCAAGUCAAAGAAUAAGCAGUACAUCCCAAAAGGUGUUCGGGCUGUUCCUGUCAACAGUGAGAAAUACUUAGCUAUUCCUGAGGCUAAGAUUCCCAUUGAUGAAAAGUUCUUUUAUAGGUUUUUCCACCAACAAGCUGGAAGAAAGAAGGAAAAACAUGACAGUGAUAAUGAGAGUAUCAGUGAUGAUGAAUUUGAUAAUUACUUAGACAAGUAUGAAUCCCAAUAUGGAGGUGACGCAGAUGACAUGAAAUUUGACUUUGCUGGUGAAUUUGACAAAAAGAAAAACAAGAGGGGGAAGAAAGGUGGCACCGAGAGUGACUCAGACUCUGAUGAUGUGGAUGACCUUAGCGAUGAGGAAGUUGACUUUGGCGAUGAUUUUGAUGCUCAGUUUGGCUCCGACGAUGAUCUUGGUGACGAGCUUGUGGCAUCUAAUGACGAGCCAGAAUUUGAUGAAGAAAAUGUUGCAUUCUCAGAUGAAGAUGACUUGGGUGAGAUGGACUUCACGAAAAAAGCGAUGAAGGGGAAAAGAAAGAUGUCUGGACUUGAUGAUGAGGAUGAUGAAGAUUUCUUAGCGCCUCCUAGGAAGAGGGGAAUGAAGGGAGAUGUAACCAGUCUAUUUGCAGCGGCUGAAGAGUUUUCGCAUCUGAUUGAUGAGACUAAUGACGAUGAUAUUGAUAUGACUGGGACAGAGGCCCUUUCAAAUGUCAAAGACAAAGCAAGUGUCAAACAGUUAAAGUGGGAGCAGAAUCGAGACAAGUGGGUUAGAGGCGAAGACUGGAAGACCAAGAAACGUCAACAGGGCAAGUUCAAGGGAAAAGGACCGAAUAACAAAAUGGGGAAGCAACAGAAAGGCAAAAGGAACAGAUAAUGAGAGAACUUCAUUGGACAAUCAAGUUUUGCACUAAUUCAUGAGAGAGUGCUGUUCAAAACCAUUUUCAUCACUUCUUUGUCAUAAAUUCAUCUCGACUCGUCUUUGCUGUCUUUCGUCUCUGGUGAGUUUCCCCCCCCCCCCCAUUGUUGAUGAUAACACUGCCAAGAAUUUCUGGAAAGUCUACUAUUAAAGAGACUCUGUAUGUCACAUAUUGUGAUAUGUGUGGAUUUUAUUGAUUCUACAUGUAAUGAGAUGUGGUUCAACAUGCAUCUGUGUAAUUCAUUUUCCGUAAUACACACUGGAGUUGGAAUGCUUGCCUUGAAUGCACGUGAUUCUCGGUAAGUUUGGGUAAUGGUUUUGCAAGAUGUAUUGUAUGUAGUCUGAUUUGUACUUGUUUGAUCACACUGAAAUAAAUAAAGAAUUAUUU